UCAAGUUUACUGUCACAUUUUACAAUCGCGUGUAAAUCAGUUGCAAAAACAAAAACUGUGCACAUGGUCGGCUUUAGUUGCCAUGUUGCGCAACUCGAGUCAAUUUAUUGCCAUUUCAAUUUUCACUAUUAGUAAAAGACAGCACUAAAAUGAGGGGAUUUUAAUGUAACUUGCCUUUGGGUUUUUAAUUUAAGAGGUGAGUUUUAUUCUGAAAGGUUCCCUGCAUGAAAAACGAGCGUGCGUUCAACAGAAGAGCUUUAAAGCACCUAGACGGUGUGCGUGUUGUGUUUACGUUCAGUCUCAUGGGGAGGUAGUGAGGAGGUCAGUCUCGCUUCGGUUCCCAUAGGCUCGCACAUGUGCCCCCCCCCCCCUGUCUGUCACUCUGGUAUAAAAUUUGUGAAUGCCAUGAAAAUAUCCCAGAGGCAGGAGCUGGUGGCGGCUGGGCGUGAGGAGGGGGCACGCGGAGAGGAGAGGAGACGGGCGCGGUGCCUGCGCCGCCGGCCCAGACCUGGCUCUGCCCGUGGACUCGGGGCUGGUGCCAGACCUCAGGCGGAGGGAAGGAGGUGCAGGGAUUCGGGGGCCGGAGCAACGGGUGCACGCUGCAGCGCGCCGCGGCCUGUUUUCCUGUGUGACCGAGCGACGUCUUCCUCCUCUAAGGGUUUGCGCCUGCGAUACGUGCCUCGGCCUGAGCCUUGGACGCGUCUCCAGACGCAGGGUCGUGUCUGACUUGGACUCAGCCUGCACAUAAUAUCCGGCGACUCCCCCGAUUCUGCCAAGUGUCAGCAUGACCUGGCUCCACCUUAUCUCGCUGCUGGCGCUGAGCGUCUGGGACUCGGCCUCCCUCUCCCUGCCGGACUCCGAGCGGCUCCGGCAGCUGCUGAGCCGCUACCAGGAGGGAGCGGACCUGAACGGCACCAACACGGCCGGCGGCAGGGCCCGGCGGGCCAUCCUCUGGUCCGACCGGGAGGAGAUCCUCCAGCUGCACAACAAGCUGAGGGGCAGCGUGUACCCCACGGCCGCCGACAUGGAGCACAUGGUGUGGGACGACGAGCUGGAGCGGUCCGCCACCCACUGGGCCGAGCAGUGCCACUGGGAUCACGGACCCGCGGACCUGCUCAUGUCCAUUGGGCAGAACCUGGCAGUUCACAUGGGAAGACACCGCUCUCCUGCCUACCACGUCCAGGCCUGGUACGAUGAGGUCAAGGACUACACCUACCCCUACCCCAGCGAGUGCAACCCCUGGUGUCCGGAGCGCUGCUCCGGGCCCAUGUGCACCCACUACACCCAGCUGGUGUGGGCAACCACCAACCGCGUGGGCUGCGCCGUGCACGUGUGUCCGGCGAUGGACGUGUGGGGGGACGUGUGGGAGAACGCCGUUUACCUGGUGUGCAACUACUCCCCCAAGGGCAACUGGAUCGGAGUGGCUCCGUACCAGCACGGACGCCCCUGCUCCCAGUGUCCUCCCAGCUACGGAGGAGGCUGCAGGAAUAACCUGUGCUACAAAGACUCCCAGCGCUCGGAGACCGAGGACAUGAACGAGGUGGAGAAGCCGCAGGUCCCGCUGCCGCCGCGCACCACCGCCCGGCCCAGACCCAAACCCUCGGCGCCGAAGAGGCCGGCGCCCAAGGCCGCUCCACGCGCGUCCAAGACGCCCUCCAGCACCUUCCUAGUUCAGAACGUCAAGUGUGAAACCAGGCUGAGAGACAAGUGCAAAGGAACGACGUGCAACAGGUACAACUGUCCCGCGAACUGCCUGAACAAGAAAGGCAACGUCUGGGGAACCAUCUAUUACGACGUGCAAUCCAGCAUCUGCCGCGCGGCCAUUCACUCCGGCGCCAUCGACAACAGCGGCGGAACCGUGGACGUCACCCGAGUGGACAAGUCUCCGUUCUUCGUCAAGGCCACGAAGAACGGCGUGGAGUCCUCCAGUAAAUACAAACCAGGCAACGCCUUUGUGGUGCAAAGAACGGAAGAAGUAACUGCUGACUGCUACACCACGGUGGCUGAAAUCUGCCCCUUCAAAAAGCCGUAUUCCCACUGUCCAAGGGUCCUCUGUCCCUCCGACUGCAAGAGUCAGCCGUCCUACUGGUCGCCUGUGAUUGGAAACAGCGUCUACGCCGAUGGCUCCAGCAUUUGCAAAGCCGCCAUUCAUGCAGGGGUGAUGAGUGCCGACGGGGGUCUGGUGGACGUGCUGCCUUUGGACAAGAGAAAGAGCUACGUUGGAGUCCUGAAAAAUGGCAUCCAGUCCGAAAGCAAGAGCACCACAGAGGGAGCCUCCUUCCGCGUCUUCCCCGUGAGGAAGUGAGAUUCCAUUUCAGAGUCCCGCCAGUGGCUGCGGGUCGGAACCACCAGCUAUUGGACCGAAGCGUCUUCCUCUGGGCCCUCGGUAACAGACUCGUGGUCCAGUGUUUUCCCUGUUGAACUCCACAUACGGAUGUUUUAGGCAAACCUAAUCUGUGAACACAGAAUCUUACGGUACUUUGAACUGCUGGUGCUGGAAGCUUCGAGUUAAACGUGUUUUAUCAAAAGGUUUUAUGUUUACAUUGCCGAUCUUAUUCUAAGUAUACGUUGGUUUCAUUACACAGGAAUGUAUACCGGUCACACUGUAUUUAAUCAUUUUCCACAGAGUAUAUGAUAUUUUGUUUUAGAAAUACACAUUUACGCCUUCCUCUGCUCACGCGUCUGAUUUCCUUCUCUAGAAAAGUGUGAAAACCAAUCAAAAUCUAAGUGCCGAGCACGAGGACUCACUGUUUGGCCACGACAGGAAACAUUGAGGCCCCAUUUCCUAUUUAUUGUUGCUUAGCUUUCAUCGUUCAGAUCCUAAAUUCGCCCCGUCCCACCAGACAGAUGAAUGUGUCACAUGCAGAGGGUUUUUGCCGUGUUUUUAGGUGUGUGCACUGUGCAGCCCUUCCUUCAAAUGCACAGUUUACCACCAGUGAUGGGACCUGGACGGAUGGAAAGUGCCGCCCGUGCUUUUUUUCUACCUGAUCCACCAACACACGAUGCUUUGUAUGAAACGUGUUCCUCCCUGCAGUUUUUCUCUCUAUUCAGUUUGUCGCUACGCUAUCAUCUCUAUUUGCGGAAGGUUUUUGAAAAGUGACUGUAUGGGAAAAUGUAAAUAGCCUUUGGAAUUAUUCUCUCUGCAUAAGAGUGUGAUUUAUGUAUGAACUUGGUUGUGUUGUUUUUAUACAGGUGUAGAAUGGAUUCUAUAUUUUGGCACAAUUUGGAAAUAAAAAUAUGUUUUACAAAUGCUA